GGUUUUAGCAGAGUGGACGCCAACCAGUGGGCGGGCCGCACAUGCGCAGAGAGCCCGGGCCACGCCGGCUAAGGUGGCCUCAGCACGCGAUGCGGUGACGCGCCUGCAGCACCAUGGCAGCGGCUGACGAGCUGGUCUUCCAUGAAUUCGAGGAAGCCACCAAUCUUCUAGCUGAGUCCCCAGAUGCUGCCACCACCAGCAAAAGUGAUCAGGUGAUCUCCCCGGGCCACGUGGCUGUGGCUGUGGGCUCUGGUGGCAGCUAUGGAGCUGAGGACGAGGAGGAGGAGGGUGAUAAAACAGCGUUGCUGCAGGAGGAGAAGCCCCAGCCCGGGUUCUGGACCUUCAGCUACUAUCAGAGGUUCUUUGACGUGGACACCUCCCAGGUCCUGGACCGCAUCAAAGGCUCACUGCUGCCCCGGCCUGGCCACAACUUUGUACAGCACCAUUUGCGGAAUCGUCCUGAUCUGUAUGGUCCCUUCUGGAUUUGUGCCACCUUGGCCUUUGUCCUGGCUGUCACUGGCAACUUGACACUGGUCCUGGCCCAGAGGAGGGACCCCUCCAUCCACUACAGCCCCCAGUUUCACAAGGUGACUGUGGCAGGGAUCACCAUCUACUGCUAUGCGUGGCUGGUGCCACUGGCGCUGUGGGGCUUUCUGCGGUGGCGCCAGGGUGUGCGGGAGCGCAUGGGCCCCUACAGCUUCCUGGAGACCGUGUGCGUGUAUGGCUAUUCGCUCUUUGUCUUCAUCCCCAUGGUGGUCCUGUGGCUCAUCCCUGUGCCAUGGCUGCAGUGGCUCUUUGGGGCGUUGGCCCUGGCCCUGUCCACAGCAGGGCUGGUGCUCACCCUCUGGCCUGUUGUCCGGGAGGAUACCAGGCUGGUGGCUGCAGCACUCCUGUCCACUGUGGUGCUCCUCCACGCCCUCCUGGCCAUGGGCUCUCUAUUUCUUCCAGCCAUUGCCUCCAGGGCAGGUGGUGCCUCCAGCCCAAGUGACAUCUCUGACCCUGCACACACAGCUGCCUUCCACCCUGGCCCGGUCUGUGGCCACCCCCUAGGAAGAGCCGGCCUAAUCCUGCAGUACCAUGGCGAGGGAGCAGUGAGGAGGCCCAGGCCUCCCAAGAGGCCUCUUCCAGGCGACACCUCAGGAUGCCACCUGCCCUGACAAUGACCAAAGGCUUCCUAAACUACUCGAGACCACUCUGCUACUGUCCAGACUUUUCUUACAAAGCAAACACUUUUAUUUUCUAUGCAAAGGUGAUCCAGAGAAUUUAUAUAAAGGCAGGGCGGGCAGCCGAGCAGGGAGCUUCCGGGGCAGCUCGGAUGAUACAGCCACAGGGCAGGCCCUAGUCCCAACAGGAUCCCAGGGUGAGCAGGGAUGUACAAGGGGCCCCCAGCCCCACCUGGGGCACACGCAGCGGGCCUGGGCCUGGCCUGAGCCCUGCUUGAGAGAUCAGGGUACUAGAAACAGGAGCAGAGGGAGAAGAAAACUGCCUGUGCUGAAACAUGUUUCCUUGUUCAUUUAUUGUUUCCUUUUUGGGAGGGAGAGUUCCCUGCAAGGCCCCUUCCCCAGCUGGCGAGGGACAGGAUGCCUUGGCGGUCGGUAGUGGAGACUGGAGCGUCUACACGCCCGGAGGGGAGCACACAGGCCUAGUCAGUCAGCUACGCGGGGGACACCUUCCGAGAUGGCCGAGAGGGUGCCAUCUGCCCAGCAGCCCGGUGCGCUCUGCGGAGGGCAGGGGGCUCGGGCACGACAGCAGCAGAGGAGAGGACGGAGGCCUGCAGGCAGCCACGCGGUGGAUGUACAUUCAAGUGUGAGGUGACCCUUGGGGCGGGAGGGGCCGCGCUCGGCCGCCCGGGAGCCUGGGGCCGUAGGGGCUGCUGGCUGCGCCCGGCCGGCCGGGUUUCUCCGAGGGUCUGUGGAUUGACACUGGUUCUCUUCGUAAAAAAAUAAAAUUAAAAAAAGCAGCA